AUGACUUCUCAUAGUGAAUUCACCCAAACAAAUGUGUUUGCCUCUGAAGUUCUGUUAUUUGGUGACUUUUGUCGUUUCUUAGAAGUAGUUUCUAAAGAAAAUGGCGAUGCGAAAAAAAAAAAGUGUGCAAAAUUCAUUCAGAAUUAUCGAAAUAGAUAUGGAAAUGAUUUUUAUUCUGUUAUGCGUUUACUACUUCCACAUCUUGAUAAAGAAAGGACGAAUUAUGGUAUGAAAGAGGUAGUUCUUGCCAAAACUUACAUAUCUGUAAUGGGGUUGGCAAGAGAUUCUAUUUAUGCUCAAAGGUUAAUUCACUGGAAAAUGCCUGGAAGUUCGAAAAAUAAAACUGCUGGCGAUUUUGCGUCAGUAGCAUUUGAGGUAAUUGCUCCUCGUUCUACUGUUGUUGGUCGUGGAAAGAUGACUAUUGAGGAUGUAAAUUAUCAGCUUGAUGUUUUAAAUGCUGCUAGCGGACAGCAAGAAUUUCAAAAAGUAAUUCGACACCUCUUUAAUAAUUAUACUGCAAUAGAACAGAAAUGGAUUAUUAGAAUAAUUUUGAAAGAGCUUAAGAUUGGGUUGAGCGAAAAAUCAGUAUUUCUUUUAUUUCAUCCCGAUGCUUGUAAUCUUUUCAACGUUUGUAGUGAUUUGAGAAAAGUUUGUGAAGAUUUACAAGAUCCUCACACCAGACUUCCGUCAUCCGAUAUUAUUCUCUUUUAUCCAUUCAAACCUAUGCUUGCAAAACCAGUUGCUGUUCAGAAUGUUAUUAAAACAAUGGGUGGUAGCUUUUGGAUAGAAGAGAAACUUGACGGUGAAAGAGUACAAUUGCAUAUGAAAGAUGGAAGAUUUGAGUAUUAUUCAAGGAGAGCAACGCAGUAUACUUAUUUGUAUGGUUCUAAUAAAUCUGAAGGUUCAUUAACGCCACAUAUAGCCGACUUGUUUCAUCCACGUGUUAAAGAAAUUAUUCUGGAUGGAGAAAUGAUAGAAUAUGAUCCUUUAAUGGAUGUCUAUAAACCAUUCGGAACUUUGAAAACAGCCGGGAAAGAUAUAAUAUUUGAUGUUGUCCUAAUAAAUGGCAAGUCGAUAAUUGAUCAACCAUUACAGAAAAGAAAAGAUUGGCUUAGAACGUUGAUUACAGAAAAUCCUGGAUACUUGAAGAUUAUUAAUCAUAAAGAAUGCAGCACGGUUAAAGAUUUGAUUGAUGCGUUAGAUGAAGCCGUUAUGAAAAGGCAAGAAGGGAUUAUCAUAAAAAAACCUUCCAGCAAAUAUGUUCUUAAUGAAAGGAUUGAUGACUGGAUUAAGAUAAAACCCGAGUAUUUGGACGCACUUGGUGAUAGUUUAGAUUUAUUAAUUAUUGGUGCGGAUUUUGGCUCUGGAAAACGUGGAAAUAUGUUUGGCAGUUUCAUGUGCGGUCUAAGAGAUUCAACAUCUUCAGAUGAUAGUCCUAGAUUUAUAUCAUUUUGUCGAUUUGGUACUGGCCAGACAAUGAAAGAAGCUGAAGAUAUUAAGAAUAAGUUAGAGGGUUGGCAAAAGUUUGAACCAAAUAACCUUCCAAAUUGGCUUGAAGUUGGUAAAGACAAACCUCAUAUGAUAAUUCCCCCGUGGAAUUCAAUAGUCGUGCAGGUAAAGGCAUCUGAAAUUGUUGCCGGAAAUCAAUUUGCUGCUAAUUAUACACUUAGAUUUCCUCGAUUUGAAAAACUUCGUGAUGAUAAAGAUUGGACAAGUGCUAUGACUUAUGAAGAAAUGAUGAAUCUUCGCAGACAAGCAUCAGGACGAUUGCAGUCCAAGAAAGUCACCGAAGAUGAUUUAAUUACGAUUGCGAGAGCUGUCAAGAGAAAAGGAAAGACUACAACGCCUCGCAGAGUCAAGAAAUAUACUAUGCUUGAAACCUUUACAUCUAAUAUAGGGCAGGUGGAAGAAAAGUCUAUGAUAUUUAAAGAUAUGAAAUUUCACAUAAUGUUAACAAAAUAUAAAGAAAAUACAAAAGCAGAUUUUGAGCGUAUGAUAAAAGAACAUGGUGGAAGUUAUUCUCAACAUCCUGGUAAUGAUUCUGAAAUUCGCCUAAUAGCCGAGGACGCAUCCAAUUUUCGCGUCAAAAAUCUAAUCAAUCAGGGCGUGAGAGAUAUAAUUCAUCCUCGAUGGAUCUUGGAAUGUAUUAACGCUUUCAAACUAAUUCCCUUAAGUCCAAAAUAUAUGGUAUUUAUUACAGAAUCAACAAAACAUGAAUUUUUAACGAGAAUGGAUGAAUGGGGAGAUAGUUACGCAGAUGAAAUUACCACGGAAGAAUUGCAAGAAACUUUUGAUUUAAUGCCCUUGGAUGAAAAAAAUCUCAUUUCGAAUCCUCAAAAACGUCGUAAAUUAGCUGACGAAAUUGAGGAACGUUAUUUUGCUGAUACUGGAUUACCAAACUGUCUGUUUCGUCGUUGUGUGGUUUAUAUUGAUUAUCCACCUCCUAGAGAACAUGUACAAGAUAUGAACAAAUUAUGGGCUUUAUAUGAAGGAUGUCGUGAUCGGUUAAAACUCAUCGAAUUGACUCUUCGAUAUCAUGAUGCUCAAAUCGUCAACGAUUUUUCGAUACGUAAUGUUACUCAUGUUAUUUUUGACGAAAAAGAUUUGAGUAGAUAUAGCGAAAUAAAAGAAUUUCAUGAAAAGCGUAAUAUGUCACCGUAUUAUGUUCGCUCUUCAUGGGUCAUAGACAGCGAAAAUUGUGGUGUUUUACUGGAAGAGAACGGUAAUUGA